AUGGCAGAAGGGUCCGAUACGAAUUCCCAUCAGAGUUUUGAUGACGACGUUGAAGGGGUCGCUGAUGAGAAUCAGGAGCCAUGGAAGUUCAGAAUCUACUUUGUGGGAUUUCCAAGCGAGAUCGCUGACUCUGAAACCAUGUCCGUGGUUGAAAUGAUCCCGAACCUCGUACCUGAGGCGAGGGUUUAUCAACACAAUAUCUUUCGCCAUGACGUCGUUUCAGAGCUGCAAGAUUUGAGCUCGGAGGACGAAGAUGACAGAGAGUCAUUGGCAGUUGAUGAGCAGCAAGCACCUGACGGGCCCGAGGAGCGUGAAAGAGACAGAGAUGGCAUCCCUGCCUCCUUAGUUGGCCCAAGGUUGAUCAGCCCAAAGUUAAUCAGCGACAUCAGAAAUCCCGACACAGGGAAUUCUGUGAAAGAGGCGAGGAUGGCUUCGAUCGAGAAAGAGUAUGAUGAGCAUAUUGCCACCACUGACGAUGCAGCAUCCGUUGAGAGUCAAGUGGCCCAUCCAUUUUACUCGCCGGCCUGGAUUGAAAGCGAGGCAUUGGAACUUCUUAUUCGGAUCCAGAAGCAUGCGCCACAGGAGGCGAUUAAAGAUCGCAAUAGGGUGUUGUUGGCCGGUUAUGGCUUUGGUGGGAUUGUGGUCAAACAGGCUAUAAUUAUUGCCAACAGGACGCCUCGAUUCUACGACGUUGCUCUGAACGUCGCCAGCCUGCUCUUCUUUGCCACUCCCCAUGGCCCAACGAAGCGUGAGGCGCCAGAUCACUCGACCGGUCGACUCGGGUGGGAAAAUGUUCUUUUUGAGAUGCUCAAAGCCACAAACAUAGGCUACACCGGUCGACUUUCCCAGCUGCUCUCCGGCCUCGUAGAUGCCGUGGCACAACUUUCUCAUGUCUUUCGAAAGUUUGCCGUCAAGUAUCCGACAACGGAUUUCAUUCAGGUUGACGGUGAAUACACGCCAAAAAUGAGCCAAUCUAGCAACCCCGAGUUUGGAGUCCUAUGGCCGAUGCGGGGGCCUAAAGGUGCUGCAAUGUGCGCCGUGAACAACUUGGAUGAACUCGGGCUGCUUCGAAGGCUCUUCACACCCGACCAUAUACUCUUUGAUCACGAGGGAUCAAUUAAGGGCCCCCAUGUAGCACCGCAGUUUGACAUCAGCGAUACUUAUUUCAAGACCCUCCAAUCAUUGUCUUUCUCCCGAUGGAUCCUGCAUGAAGCCCGAACCCUAGACAAGUCUGACGACUUCGACGACAUGCAGGGUAUUUACCGCCCGAUAUUGCAGCAGAUUCCUUGGAAACAGUCUCGCGGAGGUUCGGUCCAGAUUCAUGGUCCAACGGGGUACGGGAAGUCGGAUCUUGUGAGGCUCAUCACCCAGGAAUUCCGCGAAAGAUCUUCUGUGGUCAUCAUUGAUAACCUCAUUAGCUCAUUGGAAAGUCAUCUCGGGAGCUUCUGCGGUGUCUUGGUUUCUACCGUCCACCAAAUCAUCUCACAACGGCCAUAUCUGUUUUGGCCUGUUAAGAACUUGAUGGCCGAGAUUCUCAGCCAGAAUGCCUGGACGCAAGAAACCCUCACUGCCUUGCUAUCAUCAAUCAUCUUUUACGCCAAGAAUGUCGACUUUCUGGUCGUCAUCGCCGAUUUCGAAAAAUGGACGAGCCAGGCGCAGUCAUGGUGGUUGCAGAUGCCGGGUUUGGCCGCAGAAUCUUCCGCCGUGACGUUUACUUUCCUUACCAGCAGCCGCGCACCAAUAGAUGGCUUCAAAUCAGGGAAAGUCUAUGCCUUUGACCUGGCAGCGAAAUCCAAGCACUACCAAAACGCCUUGAUCAGGACGAAGACAACGCAACUACUUGAUCAUGCCUACGGAUCCAGUUUCCUCAGAGAGAGGCUUGCGGUGAAUGUCAAGAAACAGAUCAUUGACUCGGCCACGAGUUUUGAGGGUUCCUUCUCUGCAAUCAGCGCAUACCUGGUCCACCUAUUCCAAAGCUUUACCAUCAGCUCUCCAGAGGCGAUCGAAGCAGACAUUGCAAAGAGUCCGAAGAACGAAAGAUUACUUUACGAGAAACACAUAGAGAUUCUUAGCACCCAACCCUCUUCCACAGUUUCUUGGGCGAAUUCUGUACUUUCCUGUCUGGUUCUUGCAAUGCGAGAUUUUCGCAUUGAGGAACUUGCCGUGGCGGUAGCCAUCAAUCUGCGCCGUUCAACCAUCUCCCAGAUUCAGGGAAUGGUGUCCAUGGACAUGGAACGAGAUCUUCGCAGUCAUCUAGGAGGACUUGACGCCACGCAAGCCGAUCACGAAGGGAGAACGCCGCUUCACAUGGCAGCUAUAUGCGGUCGGACAGAUGUUAUCCGACAACUCUUGGGCAUGGGCGUUUCCGGUGAGGCACCGAUCAAUGCCAGCGCCGCUGAAUUGCUCGAUGUCAAGGAUAUGGGUUUCCACACAGCCUUGACAGCCGCAGCCAAGAUGGGAAGUGUUGAUUCAGCGAAGUAUCUGGUAGCGGUUGGGGCAGAUCUGACGGUUCAGGAUCGAAUUGGUCAGACGACCUUGCAUUACGCAAUCCCGAACUGCCCGCAAGUUGUUAACAACAUUGUCGUUCGUGAUAAGUCUACGCUAUACAUCAAAGAUGUACAUGGCUGCACGCCUCUGCAUGUUGCUGCCCGUUGUGGGAGCGUGGAAUCUACGACCUUCAUUGUUGACGCUGCACGAACAUACGAUCGUCUGCUCGAAGUAGUCGAAGCUGCGGACAACAUGGGCUUGGCGCCGCUCCAUUACGCCGCUGAGAGGGGAUUCACAAAUGUGACUAAGAUCCUCAUCGACGCGCAAGUCAAUAGUAUUGCUUCAGCCGCUUAUGCUAGGCGAGCUGCGAAAUUAGCUGCAGCACACGGUUAUCUAGAGACAAUGAAGUCUAUAGAUGGAGGCACCCUGGAAUACGGUGGCGAAUUGCUUUUGGCCGCAUCACGCGCAGGCCAGCUACUGAUAGUCCAGUAUCUUCUACAACAAAGCGUUUCUCCCGAUGGACAGGAAGAUGCGAAGCAAAGACCAAUCUCAGUGGCCACAGCACGAGGCUACAACGAGGUGGUACGCACCCUGUUACGGCACAAGGCAGAUAUCAACUUGGGAGAUUCAGAAAGGCGAACACCUUUGCACCACGCCGCAAGUUACGGAGUAUACGAUGUCCUAAAGACGCUCCUAAACCACGCUAGGGACACCACCGAGGCAGCGAACGUCCAAGCUCGCGAUUACUCCCGGUUCACGCCGCUUCACUUUGCAGCUCAAAGAGGCCAUACCAGCAGUGUAGAGCUGCUCUUGGAACACAACGCUAACGCCAAUGACCGCUCCGUCUCGGGGGACACGCCACUUCAUCUCGCCACUGGGAGUCCGAGAAUAGUCGAAGCCCUUUUAAAGGUCGAUGCAGAUGCGAACGCCAUCAAUCAACUGGGCCAGACACCACUUCAUAUGGCGACGCGCAGGAAAUGCCUCGAAUCCGCACAACUUCUUAUUCGAAAGGGCGUCGAAGUUGGCAUUGCCGAUGAAGACGGAAGACGGGCGGUGUAUCAUGCCAUAGAGCAGAACGAUAUCCACAUGGUGGAAGAGCUCGUAACGAAUGAUGUCAAAGCAAACGAUAUCAAUGAAAACGUGAAAGGAUCAUGGGACAACCUGGAGCUGGCAGUGAGAUCUUCUGCCCUGGAAGUCCUUGAGUUUUUAAUGGGCGAUGAUGAAGAUGCAGUACAGAAGACGGACGACGACCGUCAUUCACUCUUGCACUAUGCUGCCGAAAGGAAAUCAGUUGAAGUUCUGACUUUCCUCAUCGACCGUGGAACUGAAAUUGACAGCCCUAGUCGCUGGGGGAGAACGCCACUGCAUUGCGCAGCCUAUCAUGGCCAAGUUGACAACAUGAGAGAGCUUCUCAAACGCGGCGCUGACCCUGAAAGGGCGGAUGAGUCCGGUGAUAUACCCUUGCACCUGGCUGCCGAUCAAGGGUAUGAUGCAGCCGUUCGCAUCUUGCUCCACGCAGGUUCACCUAUCGAUGUACGAGGGGUUGGGGAACAAACACCACUUUUCUGCGCCACCAGCGCGAAUCAUUUCAACGUCGCCGAAACACUUCUCAAGGCCGGCGCCGAAGUCAAUUCACAAGACGAAGACGGCUGGUCUUCACUACAUGCGGCGGCAGGUGACCUGGGCACUUCCAAGCUGCUUUUGGAGUCCGGGGCCGACAUCAAUUGUCAAAAGGCAGACCUUUGGGCCCCCCUUCACUUAGCCGUAUUCUGGGGUAGCGUCGAGGUAGCUGAAUUUCUCCUCAAGAGUGGUGCCAACCCCAACCUCACCAAUGCCGACGGAGACACACCCCUGCAUGUGGCCCUCAAAAAGGGUCAAGCUGAGGUUGUGAAGAUCUUUUUGAACCACCGUGGAAGCAACUCUGUAGAUGUGCACAAACCGAACGCCGAUGGGUUCCAUCCCAUCCACCUGGCAUCCAGAGAAUGCAAUAGCGACAUCAAUCUAAAACCGCUGCUUGGCAAAGACAAUCCACUGGCUCCUGGUCAGGGUUGGGAUUCACAGGAUUGGACAAAUGCCUACUGGGAAGCUAUAUUCAGAAACCGGGUCGAAAGUGUUUCUAUCUUGCUGAGCAAGAGCCCUGGUCUGAAAAAUGAGAUGAAUGAAGAGGGCCUCAAUGGUCUCGAGGUGUACUUCGACAGCUGCCAGAGCCUCGAAGACCAGGGCAACCCACUGGCCGUCCUCUUGGUCAAAAGCGGCUGCAAUCCCUGGACCAGACGGCAGAAUGACCAGAAGUCCAUUUUUGAACUUGGUUUCUCGACCCAGUGGAGUCGCCAGCACAUGGACUUUGUGGAUGCUUGUCUCCAGUGUCUUCCAGGUGACCCCCAAGAGGCCGGGCUGGGAUUCAAAGAACUUCGAAUCGCUACCGAGAUGGAUAGGCCUGACCUAUGGACGAAGCUAAAGUCGAUGCUAACACAAUUCGAGAGGGAGACAGAUUCCGAUGGGUGGACUCUGCACCACUUCUUGUAUCAAUGUGCUCCCAGGAUCGCCCUUGGAGAGUACCAGUCGAGAGCCCCGCAAAGCCAGACCAAGACGCCAACAGCGCUCAUUAUACCUCCUAUGUGGAAGAGAGGUGUAGAAGUUAGUGAGUCGCGCGCGCAGAUCCUCCAAGGGGGUUUGGAGGUUUUCUUUGCAGCAUCUCACGACGAGGAAAACGACCCGUACAACAUUUGUAUCAGGGCAAACCAUCCUCUAUCGCCUAGGAAACUGGGAUUGGCAUAUUUUGAGCUAUCAAUAGAGGAGGCCUUGGAGGUGUCCACGUCCGAGUCCAAGCCAGACGAUCUCGAACAGCGGAACAGAAAGUCAAGUAAUCCAAGCGAACCAGAAGAGCCGGAGACAGGCUCUAACGGCUCUGCGAAAUCUGACGCGACAUCAGACACUUCCCCGUCAUCGGAAGCUACGCCUGCCGACCCAAGCGUGGUCAUCGGCUUGACUGGCGAGUUCUGCGACAUGAGGAAGGCACACCCCGGAUGGUAUUUGUGGUCGGUGGGUUACCAUGGAGUCGAGGGCAAUGUGUAUGACGAGGACUUUUCUUCCGCAAGUCAUAUAUUGGGACGAAUCUAUGGGUUAGGCAGCACCGUGGGCUGCGGGGUCGAUUACGAGAACCGCGAAUAUAUAUUCACUCUCAAUGGUAAAGUCGUUGACCGGUAUCCGAAGAGGACACAGACGAGUCGAACUAUGUCGGUUGCUGGCGCACGAAAGUAG